UCGGAACUCAUGACGUCAACAUCACUACAACAUCCCCCCAUCCCAUCCCAUACCAUCUAUCACUCCACCACGAAAACACGUCCCUUCUCCCCUUGCACUUGCAAGGACCACCUGUUCCUCCAAAAUGACAAAUUCAACCUCCAAAAACGCUUACAUCACCCUCCUAACCCGGCCCUCCUACCUCGCCGGCGCCCUCCUCCUCGCCCACACACUGCACACGCACUCCCCUACCACCCCGCUCAUAAUAACCUACACGCCCGAAACCCUCCCCGAGCCAUGUAUCGAGGCGUUCCGCAAGGAGGCACAGUACUCGAAUAUCCUGCUACACGCGGUGGAGCAUCUGCGGUUGCCGGACGAUGGGUCUGCGCAUGGCAUGGUCGCGGAGCGGUUCGUAGAUACGUGGACGAAAUUGCGGGUAUUUGAGGUAUAUGACGCUGAGGGGGAAGUGGGCGGGUUCGAGCGGCUGUGCUGGCUGGACGCGGAUAUGAUGGUCUUCUCCAACCCGAGUCCACUUGUGUUUAACGAGAAGAACGAUGAGUACCUUAUGGGCGGAGACGCACUGCGCAUGAUGGCCACACACGUAUGUUGCUGCAACCUGGACCACGACUCCUGGGCCCCGGACACAUGGACACCGCAAAACUGCGCACUCACGCACCUCACCUCCCCAUCCCAGAUCCCAGACGUAAAGUCCGAGCCCCAAACAAUGGCAGACUUCAACUCAGGAACCUUCCUCUACCGCCCGUCCCGCGCCCUCUCCGAGUUCGUAACACAACAGUUCAACGACCUCGGCAACGCGAAACUCCGCGCUAUGAAGUUCCCAGACCAGGACUUCCUCAACGCGGCGUUUGCGGGCCGUUGGGCGAGUCUGAGUUGGCGCGCUAACGCGCUCAAGACGUGGCGGUACUGGCACACUAACAUAUGGCGCGACGACCAGGUCGCUGUGCUGCAUUACAUUGUGGAUAAACCGUGGGCGGCGCGCGUUAAGGGGGAUGGGACGGCGGGGUAUCUGGGGAAAGACGGGGCGACGCAUGGUUGGUGGUGGGAUGCGUAUAACCGCUGGUAUACGGAGAGGGAGGCGCAGGGCGAGACGGACUUGCUGGGUGUGGUGGGACGAUAUGUAGCGGGUGAGAAGGGGGAGAUGGACGACGAGAUGCGGGCUGUGGGGGGUGGGGCGCAGGACUUUGCGAAGAAAUGGGUGGGUGGGAAGGAGGUGGAGGCAGAGUCAAAGACGCAGACACAGCAAACUGACGAAGAGGGGAAAGGGAAAGAGAAAGAAAAAGUCGAUGCAAUCGAUUCCAACCCCGACGCUCCCAUCUUCCAUAAACGCGGGCUUGGGGAACGCGGUCAUGGUCCUGUGGUGAGGGGUGGGGGUGGACUGAGAGGUGGGCUGAGAGGGAGGGGCAGGGGCGAGGGGUGGUGCGUUAUGCAAGAUUAG